ACAGGUCGUAUUCCUUUGCCAUGCAGAAAUUCAGUGCCGAAGUGUUAGCUUGUGUUUAACUUCGACAAAGCCCGAACAUUCAUAGCAUGUCCAGAAAAUUGUUACACGAUCCGCGACCACUUCGAAUAGGAUUAAUGUUCCUCACACUUACAACUGUUUGACAAAACUCGGCCAAACACGAGGCACUUACACCUAUGCUUAACCGAGGGGACACGGAAUUGCCAAAGGGGCCUUUUACGACAUAUCGGUACAGCGCGUUCUGGACUACUGCUAGUACGUUGGGAGCCGUCUAACGUUUUUGUAGGAUUUAAUCGUACCUGCUUUAGUACAAACAUAGCAUUAUAUAUGUACCAGCGCAGGUCAAGUCGAACUCUAUAAGGUGAUGAAGAUAGACCGACGGUCGCUCGGGUGAUUCUCACUGUACCUCUUCGUAGCUACAAGGCUGUAUACGAUGAUUAUGUAAUACGUACCAUCAGUGCGUUUCAACGGUACGUUUGAAGAUGCAUCCCAAACAAACGUUCGUCACUAGCGAGGAAUGGGAUGGACCCAGCUGGCUGAAAUGGUUUCAGAUAGCGAAUAUCAAUCUCACCUGUGUCGCCCUGGGCCUAAUUGUCUCUAUGAUGGGCCCUAGCCUGAUAGAUUUGUCUGAGAUAUUUCACACGUCGAUCCAAAAGGCAUCUAACAUCGGUGUGGUAGCUGACGUUGGUGCUUUAAUUGGACCAGUUUUCGCUGAUCUGAUAUAUCGCCGGGUAAACGCUCAAAUUGUAUGCAUUAUCUGCGGAGCCUUGAUCGGUUUAGGCAACAUCUUAAUGCCUCUGGGAAGCCUAAUGUCUGCAUAUGCUAUCAGCUUCACUUGCGGAAUGCUUGGCGCUAUCAUGGAAAUUGGGGCGUACGUUUGGCUUGUCGCUCUAUGUCGAGGAUCUCGUCCGAUGUUGCAGCUGUACUCGUUAAUGUUCGGCGUUGGAGCACUUUUUGCACCGCUUUUGGCCAAACCAUUUCUCAGUAAAGAUAGAGAUUUAAUGGCCAAUCGAACUGAUGCGGACAUCGAGUGGAAGUCGGACUCACGUGUGAUGAUCCCGUUCGUGUUCGUUGGAAGCUUUGGUAUCAUGGUCGCGUUUUUUAUGACGCUAUCCUAUCUCAGAGACAAACGUGAUCUGAGACCUGAAGAGAAAUGCGGCGAGGAAAGAUCUCACUUCAGAAAUUGGUUGCUCAUUAGUCUGGCGGCAAUCUAUUUCUUUCUAAUCGUCCUAUUGGAAACUGCCUUCAGUCGAUUUCUUGUGAUUUUCGCGGUUCAGAUGAAUCACAUGCUUAAAGCCGACGCGGCGGUAUUGGUGUCGCUGUUUUGGGUCGGCUUUACCGCCGUACGAGUGAUCAUCAUUCCUAUUUCGGCAAAAUUUCGCUCGAUCUGGUUCGUUGCCAGUGGCCAACUCAUCUUCAGCGCAGCAUGCCUCAUACUUCUGCUGUUUUCGCAAGACAAUCGCAUGCUAUAUUUGGGUACAAUAAUGUUCGGCUGUGGUAUGGGGCCCCUUUACGGAGGCUCGCUAACGUGGCUGACCGAACAUAUAGAGUUGCGACACGUCUAUCUCAGUCUGAUUUUAAUUAUGACGUGCGGCGGGGCAAUGGUCGCGCCACCCAUUGUCAGUCCACGGAUUGAAACACAUCCAAGUGUUCUAACCACGACGAUCGCUGUAGGAAGUACAGGCAUGCUAUUUGUUCUCCUAGCCAUGGUGGUUGCGGCUCGGCUGACUGAGCACGCAUCCAUAGCGGCACCCAGGAACGAACGGAACAGGAGCGUUGUAUCACAACCUAAUGCUGAAAACCUCUCUCAGUUAAGAAUAGGCGUUGAUAACAUGGCUAUGCAGACAGAUAAUGAGAUACUAGAUAGUUAUUCGAAGAUAUAAAUAGUUAAUUUUGAUACGAUGUACUUCUUUUACAAUACAAGGACACAAUAUGGAUCGACGUCGAUGAGGACACCCAUCGUGCACACACCCCACAACAACACUUUCGAAAAACAGUGGAUAAACCGUUGAGUCAUUAAUGUGCGUAUUGUAAUUAAGUUCUUAUUUGACUUUGUAAUGCAUAAGGACACCUCUUUAAAAGCAGAUUUACAUCUAGCACAGCCCGGCGGGUUUAAUGGUCACGUUUGUAGGUGAAUGCUUUCCAAUAUAAACUAUCGCAGCCGGUUGUCCUGAGUAAGAUUUCUGUAAAAACAUAAUCGUCAAUAAAUCAAUCCUAGCAACGGU